AUGGCUGCUUUAGCGGCACGAGGAGGAGCUGUGCGUGACAGUGAGGAGGUGGAAGUGCUGGCGUGCCGUAAAGCGCUUGAGUUUGCCAUUGAUGCGGGUUUCACAGAGAUAGUACUGGAAGGCGAUAAUGCUUUGGUGAUGAAGAUGAUUACUCAGGCCCAACCAGACCUAUCACGACUUGGCUUAAUCUACGAAGAUAUCUGGUGUUUGGCUGCGGGCUUCAGGUCCAUCUCUUAUAAUUGUAUUAGGCGUAGUGCUAAUGGUGUUGCUGAUUCUUUGGCUAGGUUUGCUAGAUUACUUGAUAAUGAAAUUGUUUGGCUGGAGGAGGAUCCUCCACCUGCUAAGUAUUUUGUUGACAAGGUGUUGAAUAAGAAUUGCUUCGUAUUAUUUGCCAGAGAACUUCAUAUCGAAUGGUCUGACCAUCAAGAAUAUUGGCAAUGGAACCAAGAUAAAGAUAUAAGUGGUGAAGACAUUGAAGUGGCUGAGCUAUUACAUGUAACUUGGUUAGAGGUUAGAGGAACGAUUUGGACAGUUGAUCUCUCACCAGAAACUCUGUAUGAAAUUGUAUUUGUCGUAAAGAUCAUAGGUGGCAGUAUAUCGCAAUUUUCAAUGAAGCUUACUAUGACGUAUCCAAAUAAUGAAUCUAAAAAACACCAUGAAAGUUUAGAAGAAAAGCCUUUUGACGAGUGGAUUGAGAUCUGGGUGGGUGAUUUUAUAAUGUCACCAGAAAUAGUUGGAAACCUGAAUUUCUCUCUAGACGCAACAGAUCAAAUGUCCAAGGACGGACUUGUUGUGAAAUGUGCUAUCAUUCGACCGAAGAACUAA